ACUUCGUGUGGAAGAAUGGUACCAGGACUUGGAAACUUCAUGCAGGAUGUGCUGUGGUGCUUUAGUCAAGUGAAAGGAACUAUAGAUAUUGGGGUGGCAGAAGCUGACAUCAUCUCCACAGUCGAAUUCAACCACACUGGAGAACUACUAGCAACAGGGGACAAGGGGGGCCGUGUUGUAAUAUUUCAACGUGAGCAGGAGAGCAAAAACCAGCCCCAUCGCAGGGGAGAGUACAAUGUCUACAGCACCUUCCAGAGCCACGAGCCGGAGUUCGAUUACCUGAAGAGUUUGGAGAUAGAGGAGAAGAUCAACAAGAUCCGAUGGCUCCCGCAGCAGAAUGCAGCCUAUUUCCUGCUCUCCACCAACGAUAAGACUGUGAAGCUAUGGAAGGUCAGCGAGCGGGACAAGAGGACCGAGGGAUACAAUCUCAAGGAUGAGGAUGGCCGUCUCCGGGACCCUCCAUGAUCACCAAUGCUACGGGUACCGGUGCUCCGGCCCAUGGACCUGAUGGUGGAGGCCACCCCCCGGCGGGUGUUUGCCAAUGCACACACCUACCACAUCAACUCCAUCUCCGUCAACAGUGACUACGAGACCUACAUGUCAGCGGACGACCUGAGGAUAAAUCUGUGGAACUUUGAAAUCACAAAUCAAAGUUUUAACAUUGUGGACAUCAAGCCAGCCAACAUGGAGGAGCUGACGGAGGUGAUCACUGCCGCCGAGUUCCACCCGCACCACUGCAACACCUUCGUCUACAGCAGCAGCAAAGGCACCAUCCGGCUGUGUGACAUGCGCACCUCCGCGCUCUGCGACCGCCAUGCCAAGUUUUUUGAAGAGCCCGAGGACCCAAGUAACCGGUCGUUCUUUUCCGAGAUCAUCUCCUCAAUCUCCGAUGUCAAGUUCAGCCACAGCGGGAGGUAUAUCAUGACCCGCGACUAUCUCACUGUCAAGGUGUGGGACCUCAACAUGGAGAACCGGCCCAUCGAGACCUACCAGGUUCAUGACUACCUGCGGAGCAAGCUGUGCUCGCUCUAUGAGAACGACUGCAUCUUCGACAAGUUCGAGUGCGUCUGGAACGGCUCUGACAGCGUCAUCAUGACCGGCUCAUACAACAACUUCUUCCGCAUGUUUGACCGCAACACCAAGCGCGAUGUGACGCUGGAGGCGUCGCGGGAGAACAGCAAACCCCGCGCCAUCCUCAAGCCCCGCAAGGUCUGUGUUGGCGGCAAGCGGAGGAAGGACGAGAUCAGCGUGGACAGUCUGGACUUCAGCAAAAAGAUCCUGCACACAGCCUGGCACCCCGCCGAGAACAUCAUCGCUGUGGCAGCCACCAAUAACCUGUAUAUAUUCCAGGACAAGGUUAACUAGGAGGACAAGUUGUUCUUUAGGAAUCUCAUGUAUGAACACUAGUAAACACAAGAUUUCAAACGUUUCUUUUCUUUCUUUCCUGUUUUUUUCCCUUUUCCUUCCUGUUCUUUGUUCAGUUGCUGCUCUGCAGGUACUGGUCAUGCAGAGGUGAGUGCUCCCGCGCCCCGUGGCUGCGGGGGCUCCCCAGCACACGCUGGGCUUCUCCAUUCACACAUUGAGAGCCAAGAUGUAGCGUGGGGUGGCCGGGGGGGCGCUGGGCUCGUGUCCCAUGGGGAUGGCCGCAGCCCUCUGCAAUGGGUGACCGCGGUGGCCUGGGAUGAGGAGGGGGAGGGGGACAUGUUGUGUUCCCCCCCUUGGGCAGUUACAGCCCUCCCGCUCCAACUGCUUUAACGUGAUCCCAGAACGCCCCACGGCUGCGCUGCGGCCCGGCCCGGAGCCCCUCGGCCAGUUUUCACCUUUGUCUCUUUGUCGUUAUUAUUUCGUGUUUGUCCCAACAGAGACAGCAACACCAAACGUAGAGCGGGAAGUUCAGAUUAGCAAUGGACGGGCUCAGAGGGGGGAAUGUGCUGUAGCCUCCCCCCACCCCACAGCAACGCUCCUGAGGAUUUGGCUCUGUAGAUACUGUGGUGCCUUUUUUGGUAUAUAAAUACCUUUAUAAAUGAUGCUUCCAAACUGCAUUGACUGCAAACCAAACCGAACCUGGGCUUUUCUUCUGCAUUUCUUGUCUCUUGCUUUGGUCAUUUCCACCUGUUUUGUUGUAAGCUCCUGCAUGUUGUGACUCUUUCUCUCUUUUUCCCUUUCUUUUUAAAUUUAUUUAUUUAUUUAUUCGAUUUUUUUAAAAAGACAAAGUAUAAGUUGCUAAUUUAUGACCUUUUAAAACAGAAUCCAACCAUAUUGCUGUUAGCACCUGACUGCUUCAGAGAGAGGCUGUCUGCGGUCCUAAGUUAUAACAACAAUAAUCAUGAUAACAAUAAAACCAAUAUCUCCUCCACUCUGCAUGGCAAGGCUGCCCCGUUCACUGCACAAGUUGUUCGGGUCCGUCUUUUACUUGAGCAAAAACCUGUUUGAUAAAAAGAACUACAGAUUCCUCAAUCAAUCUGACAACUGCUCCUGCAGCAAAGAGCAAAUGAACAAAUGAAGUCAAUUAUAAGGUUUAACACUGUCACUUUAGAAGUGGCCCCGUAGGGGUGACCCCGCUGUGGCGGCUCCACCAGCACCUGCAGCCCUGCAGGGAUCGGUGUUGGGACAGCGCGAGGAUUCACCCCAGCCAGGGACACGGGCUGCUGCUUCCCCCAGGAGCGCAGGGACCACGCGGAACCCAGGAGCUGUGGACACUGGGGACCCCCAUCCCCUGGGAUGGAGCCUUGGGGCGCUGACCCACCGGGACACCCUGCACCAGGGAGAGCCGCCAUCUAGGAGUGCUCCCAAGGGAAAUAGGAAGCGCAGCGGCUCGUGCAUUCAUUCCAAGCGAUGGCUUUCAGGAGUAACUGGGUUUUUUAAAAACGAAAUGGAAAAAACAAAAUAGCAAGAGCAAAUGAACUGUUUUUUUUAAAAAAACGUCUUCGGUUCCUGUGAGAAAGCCUGCUCUCUGGUGGCAGAAGUAAAGUUGUCCCAAAUGUG